AUGACCCUUUAUUUCCCAGCAGCCUUUGCCUCGAACAGCUCGACAGUGUCUGAGGAGCCGAUCUCAAACUCACCAGGUAAACAUCCUCACCUUUAAGUGGACCGGGUCAGAACCUUUAAGUGGACCGGGUCAGAACCUUUAAGUGGACCACGUCAGAACCUUGACUACAGUAACACACAAGACUAGACUGGACUGGACUGGACUGGCCUAGAUUGGACUAGACUGGACUGGACUAAAUUGGACUGGACUGGACUUGACUAGACUGGACUGGACUGACUGGACUGGGCUGGACUAGACUAGACUGGACUGGACUGGACUGGACUGGACUAGAUUGGACUAGACUGGACUGGACUGGACUAGGCUGGUUAAUCUAAACAAUCAGAAACCAAACUUUCACUUUUGUAUACAACUGUAAAUUUCUUACAGAGCUGAUUUUUCUUCCAACUCUUAUUUUGAAGGUCAACAGUGAGUUUCCUGUUUCCACCUCCGUAAAGGUUCAUCUGUUCAUUCUAAAUGUACUUCACCAUUUACGCCUGUUUCAUUAAACUGAGACUGUUAUUCUGCUGUGUGUGUGUGUGUGUGUGUGUGUGUGUGUGUGUGUGUGUGUGUGUGUGUGUGUGUGUGUGUGUGUGUGUGUAUGUAUGUGUGUGUGUGUGACAUGAUGUCUGUUGUUUGUUUCAGAUAGAGGCUCUCUGUCAGCGGUUAACAUCCCACAAACUUCAGGUGAUCUGUCCGUAAAACAACAGCAACAAAGAUUAUAGUGAUGAUGAUGAAGAUGAAGAUAAAAUGAUGAUGAUGGUACAUUGUGGUCGUUAACAUUUCUAUGUUGUUGUUUGGAUAUUAAUGUUUUUAUUUUUGUUGUUUUUGUCGUUUUUGUUGUUUUUGUUGUUUUUUGUUGUUUUUGUUUUUGUUGUUUUUGUUGUUUUUGUUUUUGUUGUUUUUGUUUUUUGUCGUUUUUGUUGUUUUUGUUGUUUUUUGUUGUUUUUGUUGUUAUUGUUGUUUUUGUUGUCUUUUUUGUUGUUUUUGUUGUGUUUGUUGUCUUUUUUGUUGUUUUUGUUGUGUUUGUUGUGUUUGUUGUUUUUGUCGUUCUUGUUUUCGUUGUUUUUGUUGUUUUUGUUGUUUUUGUCGUUUUCGUUGUUUUUGUUGUUUUUGUUGUUUUUGUUGUUUUUGUUGUGUUUGUCGUGUUUCGGUGUCUCAGGGGUCAACAGUUCGGGGUCUUGUGAACUCAGACUCCGUGGUUUUGAGGAGCAGCUGGAGAAUCUGAAGAACGUGAACUCGGGUAAAACCUCCAAACUUCUGUGUGUUUGUCAGUGACAUGACUGAAUCAUGAUGAGGAUGAUUAUAAUAAUAAUAAUAUGAUAAUUAUACUAAUAACAACACUAAUAAUAAUAAUUAUUGUUAUCAUGAUAAAACAGUUUUAAUUCACUUUUAAAACACGUCUCACUGGCAGGAUAUCCUCUCCGUUUUAUUCAUACUGAAGGUUUUUCCAAAGUAAAUAAAAAAACAGAGAAACAGAAGCUCAAAAAAACAAUGAAGAUCAAAUAAAGAUAAAAGAAACUCAAUCAAAUAAAAAGAAAAUAAAAUCCAUCAAAGACGAUCAAAUGAUCUGCUAAGAGUUAAGAGGAGAAGAGGAGGGUCCAGAUGAAGCUGUAGAGGCUCCAGGAUGGUUCCCAGAGGAACCCCUUUUUUUCAGCAGGUGGUUCUUCUGAAACGUCAGUUAGUCCCGCCCGGCACCGAACCCCAGCAUCCUCGCCGUCCGUAACUCGACCUGAUGUUCAGUUUAACGGACCGACUCUCUGUCAAACACCUGCUUUCAGUCCAGGAGGGGGCGCUGUCUGCUGUGACUGUGAGGCUGAACAUGAGUGAGGAGCAGCUGGAUCACCUGAGGACCACGAACACAGGUAACCUCUCCUGAUGCCUUCACUGACAUCAGGAAAAACCCGAAGUUAGGUCAAUCAAUCAACAACAUGAAUCAGGUCUACUUCCUGUCAGAGCUGCAGGUACGACUCCGGGUCACAGAGGUCACCGUGGAGCAGCUCCAGACUGACAGCCAAGGUACACACACACACACACACAUAUAUAUAUACCUGUGUGUGUGUGUGUGUAAUAAAGUACUUCCUGUCUCUUCAGCUCACUCCGUCCUGCUGUCAGAACUCACUUCCAGACUCGAGUCCUCAGAGAGAAACGGCUCAGGUGAGUCGAACACACCCUCGCUGAAUGAGGGGCGGGGUCUGUACCUCUGUGGGCGGAGUCUGUACCUCGGUGGGCGGGGUCUGUACCUCUGUGGGUGGGGUCUGUACCUCUGUGGGCGGGGUCUGUACCUCUGUGGGUCAGAGAUGUUGUGACUGCUGUAAAUUCACAGUGGAACUCCGUUUUAUUUCUGUUGUUGUUUUUGUUCAGAGCUGACGUUCAGACAGAACAUCAACACCAAACAGCUGGAGGAGCUGAGAAACGCCGACUCAGGUUCACCGUCCAUCUUAAACUCAGAAACUGAUGAGGAUCCUCAGAACCUCAGUGUUACAGUCAAACUCAGAGCUGCUUCCUUCCUUUCAGAGCUGGAGACCAGACUGAGUGAAGGUGAGAAACAUCUGGAAGAGCUCCGGAUGGUUAACGCAGGUGAGAGCGAUCAAAGAAACACAGGAGUGUCAUCGAUAAUUAAAGAGUGACAGGAACUAACCUGUGGAGGAUCUCUGUGGGGUCCCUGAGGAGGAACUCCUUUAUUACUGCAGAUAAACUCUCUGUUGCUGUUUUUCCUUCAGAGCUCAGAGCAGCUCUGAGUGUCGGUGAGAAACAUCUGGAAGAGCUGAAGACGGAAACGACAGGUGAGAGAGUGAAACACACCGACACAACCUCCUCCAGGAACAGAAACUGAACCUGAUUUUCCUCAGAGCUGGAGACCAGACUGAGCGUCAGCGAGGAACAGCUGGAGGAGCUGAAGAGUGAAAACGAAGGUGAGAACGUCUGAAUCCAAACAGAGCGAGUGACGCUGUAUUUUCUCUGACGGUAGAAGACGCACAAAAGUUUUAUUUAUCAUGGGCCUCCUGAAAUAUUGAACAGCCACGCUGUUCCUCCAAAGAUCCAGAGAAGAGAAAUAUCAGAGACAGAAGCAGCUGGAGACUCGGAAACAGAAAAGAGACGCUGUGUGAAAAUUAAAGGGAAGAAUUUAUUUAUUUGAACCCGAACCAACAAAGAAAUAAAAGAAGUUUUCCACGUAAACAAACUGUCCAGGAAAAACAACCAACUGAGAAACAGACGAAAGAGGGUCACGUCUUCUGUUUCAGUCAAACCGAAUAAUCUAUCAUUACACACACACACACACACACACACACACACACACACACACACACACACACACACACACACACACACACACACACACACACACACACCUCAGUCCUCCCAAACAAAGCUCAGAGAAACAAAAAAAACAGAGGAUCGAACCCGGCGCCCUGAGGGACGCCUUCGUUUCUAAAGUUUGACUGUUUUCUUCCAGAGCUGGAGGCGAGACAGAGCGUCAGCGAGAACCAGCUGGAGGAGCUGAAAUCUGAAAACACAGGUGACCUUUAACCCACGAGAUUAACCUGAAAACAUACCGUCAUCAUCUGAGCGCUAAAGACGAAAACAGAGUUUCCUGCUUCUCAUGAAUGAAUUCAACCACAGGAGGCGCCACUUCAUCACACACACUUUUAGUCCUCAAGAAAUCAUCAUUUUCUGUUUUACUACAAAUGUUAAAAUCAAUAAGAAUCACGUGUAUUAGCUUUGAUCAGCUUUGAUUCUGAUCAUUUAAAAUGCCGACGUGAUUUUUUUAUCCGCAGUCUGCAGUCGGUGAAGAAGCUCCAGGACCAAACCUCUUUAAACUGUGAAAACUCCACCAACAUGAAUAAAUAAACCAAGAUUUUCAUUUCUCCUCAGAGCUGAAGAUCAGACUGAGUGUCAACAAGAAACAGCUGGAGGACCUGAAGACUGAAAACACAGGUGAGAAACAAACCUGUGGAAUAACCCACAGAAACCACAGAAAUCAGACAGACGUGAUGACAGCGUCAGUUUAGAUGAUCUGACAUGGUUCCCUGAGGAACUAACGAGGUUUAAGUCUGAACUGUUUCUCCUUCAGAGCUGGAGACCAGACAGAGCGUCGGUGAGGAACAACUGGAAGAUCUCAAAACAGCAAAAAAAGGUAAAAGAACAAAAGUGUCUAUAAAAACGCAGAAGCCAAGAGAGAAGUCAGAUUAGAACUCCAGAGGAUCUAAAAGAGCUCCCUGAGGAACUCCGUCAUCUUCACUGCUUUAGUUUGAGGAACACAGCGAGUAAAAAAAACAGAGCAGACGUCGUGGUCGACUCGGCUCUUCUAAUUACUCAUUUAAAUUGAAGAAAAAUGUAUUUAUGUCAAAUUCAACAGUAAAAACUGAAAACUCAAAGGAUCCAACAUGGAUCCCUGAGGAACUCCCCGACGAACACGUUUGAUCUCUGAACCGUUUUUCUUUCAGAACUGGAGACCAGACAGAGCGUCAACAUGAAACAGCUGGAGGACUUUAGAAGAGUAAACACAGGUACCCCAAAACUGGGAGAAACUGUUUAUUUUGGGGGUUAAAAAUGUUUAUUCAUGAAUUUAAAAUCACUGAAACUACCGAGAAUCCAACAUGGCGCCCUGAUGUUCGCCAUCAUUACCACAGCUGAACUUUGACCUUUCAGAGCGGGAGACCAGACUGAACAUCAGUGAAAAACAGCUGGAAGACCUAAAUACUGAAGUCACAGGUAACCUGAUCAUUUCAAAUGUAAACAAGAUUUACAUUUUAGACUCAAUACAAAUAAACACACAUUUAAACUCCAGAGGAUUUAAGACGGCGCCCUGAGGAACUCCAUCCUUAACACAAAGUUAAACUCAACACUGUUUCUCCUUCAGGACUGAAAUCAGUCUGAACACAGACACCUGAGAACAAACUCACUAAUCUAUCAAAUACAAACAUGAAUGAAUUUCAGGUCAAAGAGGGAAAACACACAGAAUGAAACUCCAGAGGGUCCAACAUGGCGCCCUGAGAACAGCUGACCUCUAAAGUCUUUUUGGUCCAGAGUUACAGAUUUUUACCAGAGAAAUAACAAUAAUAACAACAAUAAUAAUAAAAAUGUAUUCAGAAUCAACUCAGUGAAACAUGCCGAUUAAAACUUAAAGCGACCCAAUAACAGCUCCCUGAGGACCUCCGUGGUUAACGCUGUUUGACUCUGUGUCAUCCCUCAGAGCUGGAGCUGAGACUGAGCACGAGCGAGAAACAGCUGGGAGAGCUGCGGAACCAAAACACAGGUGAGAACGGUCACAGAGAACUUCGUGGUCCAAACCCGACCCACAGACACGCGCAGCCAGGGUUUAGAAACGCUUUCCUGUUUGUAUGUCAUGUAAUAUUCUGGAUUAUAAUCUGUGAUUCUGUUUUUCAGGUCUGAGGUUCAGACUGACUGAAUCUUUCGAUCAACUCAAAAACAAAAGCUCAGGUUUGAACUCUUUUUAUCAAAAUAUCAUAACUGAUAUUGAGCCAGUAGACUCGUGUCAGUGUUAGUGUGUGUGUGUGUGUGUGUGUUUCAAAAGGUAUCUCCUCUAAGAGUUUUAUGAAUAGAAAGCUGAAACUGCAGUUAUAUUUUUAUCAUUCUAUACAUGACACUUCAUCAUAUUCAUUGUAUCAAGACACUUAACCGAUUAACCCAUAAUGCUCCCAGUUAGUGUCCUCCACUGGUGUAUGAUUAAGAAUGUUGUGAUAUUUUUAUCAUACUAUAAAAUGACAUUUAUAACAUACUAUACUAGUACAUUUUUAACAUACUAUACUAUAACAUUUUUAACAUACUAUUCUAUGACAUUUUUAACAUACUAUACUAUGACAUUUUUUAUAUCAUACUAUACUAUGACAUUUAUAUCAUACUAUACUAUGACAUUUUUAACAUACUAUACUAUGAUAUUUUUAUAUCAUACUAUACUAUGACAUUUUUUAUAUCAUACUAUACUAUGACAUUUGUACUAUACUAUGACAUUUUUAACAUUCUAUACUAUGACAUUUUUAACAUACUAUACCAUGACAUUUUUAUAUCAUACUAUACUAUGACAUUUUUAAUAUACUAUACUAUGACAUUUUUAACAUACUAAACUAUGACAUUUUUAACAUUCUAUACUAUAACAUUUUUAUAGCAUACUAUACUAUGACAUUUUUAACAUACUAUACUAUGACAUUUUUUGUAUCAUACUAUACUAUGACAUUUUUGACAUACUAUACUAUGAUAUUCUUAUAUCAUACUAUACUAUGACAUUUUUUAUAUCAUACUAUACUAUGACAUUUUUCAUUUACUAUACUAUAUUUUUAACAUACUAUACUAGGACAGUUUUUAUAUCAUACUAUACUAUGACAUUUUUAACAUACUAUACUAUGAUAUUCUUAUAUCAUACUAUACUAUGACAUUUUUUAUAUCAUACUAUACUAUGUCAUUUUUAACACUCUAUACUAUGACUUUUUUAACAUACUAUACUAUGACAUUUUUAUAUCAUACCAUACUAUGACAUUUUUUAUAUCAUACUAUACUGACAUUUUUAACAUACUAUACUAUGACAUUUUUAUAUCAUACUAUACUAUGACAUUUUUAACAUACUAUACUAUGACAUUUUUUAUAUCAUACUAUACUUUGACAUUUUUUAUAUACUAUACUAUGAUAUUUUUAACAUACUAUACUAUGACAUUUUUUAUAUCAUACUAUACUGACAUUUUUAACAUACUAUACUAUGAUAUUAUUAUAUCAUACUAUACUAUGACAUUUUUAUAUCACACUAUACUAUGACAUUUUUAACAUUCUAUACUAUGACUUUUUUAACAUACUAUACUAUGACAUUUUUAUAUCAUACUGUACUAUGACAUUUUUCAUAUCACACUAUACUGACAUUUUUAACAUACUAUACUAUGAAAUUUUUAUAUCAUACUAUACUAUGACAUUUUUAUAUCAUACUAUACUAUGACAUUUUUUAUAUCAUACUAUACUAUGACAUUUGUACUAUACUAUGACAUUUUUAACAUACUAUACUAUGACAUUUUUAACAUACUAUACUAUGACAUUUUAUAUCAUACUAUACUAUGACAUUUUUGACAUACUAUACUAUGAUAUUCUUAUAUCAUACUAUACUAUGACAUUUUUUAUAUCAUACUAUACUAUGACAUUUUUCAUUUACUAUACUAUAUUUUUAACAUACUAUACUAGGACAGUUUUUAUAUCAUACUAUACUAUGACAUUUUUAACAUACUAUACUAUGAUAUUCUUAUAUCAUACUAUACUAUGACAUUUUUUAUAUCAUACUAUACUAUGACAUUUUUAACAUUCUAUACUAUGACUUUUUUAACAUACUAUACUAUGACAUUUUUAUAUCAUACUAUACUAUGACAUUUUUUAUAUCAUACUAUACUGACAUUUUUAACAUACUAUACUAUGGCAUUUUUAUAUCAUACUAUACUAUGACAUUUUUAACAUACUAUACUAUGACAUUUUUUAUAUCAUACUAUACUUUGACAUUUUUUAUAUACUAUACUAUGAUAUUUUUAACAUACUAUACUAUGACAUUUUUUAUAUCAUACUAUACUAUGACAUUUUUGACAUACUAUACUAUGAUAUUCUUAUAUCAUACUAUACUAUGACAUGUUUUUAUAUCAUACUAUACUAUGACAUUUUUAACAUACUAUACUAUGACAUUUUUUAUAUCAUACUAUACUAUGACAUUUUUUAUAUACUAUACUGUGAUAUUUUUAACAUACUAUACUAUGACAUUUUUUAUAUCAUACUAUACUAUGACAUUUUUAACAUACUAUACUAUGACAUUUUUUAUAUCAUACUAUACUAUGACAUUUUUCUAUAUCAUACUAUACUAUGACAUUUUUAACAUACUAUACUAUGACAUUUUUAUAUCAUACUAUACUAUGACAUUUUUUAUAUACUAUACUGUGAUAUUUUUAACAUACUAUACUAUGACAUUUUUUAUAUCAUACUAUACUAUGACAUUUUUAACAUACUAUACUAUGAUAUUCUAUAUCAUACUAUACUAUGACAUUUUUUAUAUCACACUAUACUAUGACAUUUUUAACAUUCUAUACCAUGACUUUUUUUAACAUACUUUACUAUGACAUUUUUAUAUCAUACUGUACUAUGACAUUUUUUAUAUCACACUAUACUGACAUUUUUAACAUACUAUACUAUGACAUUUUUAUAUCAUACUAUACUAUGACAUUUUUAACAUUCUAUACUAUGACAUUUUUAACAUACUAUACUAUGACAUUUUAUAUCAUACUAUACUAUGACAUUUUUUAUAUCAUACUAUACUAUGACAUUUUUUAUACACUAUAAAAUUAUAUUUUUAACAUACUAUACUAUGACAUUUUUUAAAUCAUACUAUACUAUGACAUUUUUAUAUCAUCCUAUACUAUGACAUUUUUAACAUACUAUACUAUGAUAUUUUUAACAUACUAUACUAUGACAUUUUUUAUAUCAUACUAUACUAUGACAUUUUUGACAUACUAUACUAUGAUAUUCUUAUAUCAUACUAUACUAUGACAUUUUUUAUAUCACACUAUACUGACAUUUUUAACAUAGUAUACUAUGACAUUUUUAUAUCAUACUAUACUAUGACAUUUUUAACAUUCUAUACUAUGACAUUUUUAACAUACUAUACUAUGACAUUUUAUAUCAUACUAUACUAUGACAUUUUUUAUAUCAUACUAUACUAUGACAUUUUUUAUACACUAUAAAAUUAUAUUUUUAACAUACUCUACUGACAUUUUUUAAAUCAUACAAUACUAUGACAUUUUUAACAUACUAUACUAUGAUAUUCUUAUAUCAUAGUAUACUAUGACAUUUUUUAUAUCAUACUAUACUGACAUUUUUAACAUACUAUACUAUGACAUUUUUAUAUCAUACUAUACUAUGACAUUUUUAACAUACUAUACUAUGACAUUUUUUAUAUCAUACUAUACUAUGACAUUUUUUUAUAUCAUACUAUACUAUGACAUUAUUAACAUACUAUACUAUGACAUUUUUAUAUCAUACUAUACUAUGACAUUUUUUAUAUACUAUACUGUGAUAUUUUUAACAUACUAUACUAUGACAUUUUUUAUAUCAUACUAUACUAUGACAUUUUUAACAUACUAUACUAUGAUAUUCUAUAUCAUACUAUACUAUGACAUUUUUUAUAUCACACUAUACUAUGACAUUUUUAACAUUCUAUACUAUGGGCUCUAUUUUGGUGCCUCGCCGGAGACGUGCCGCAAGCGCAGCGUCAGUCAGAUCCGCCGCGCUGACAAGGCGUUCCCAAGCACAUUUUGGUAUUUUGGUGAGCUGCGCAGCCCGGCGUAAGUAUCCCCCCUCCCUAACUCAGCUCCUCCCAGCACCAUAAGUCGUAGACGGGGAGGAGAAGGGCGUGUAGUUGGUUUAACACAGCCGAGACCUGUUUUCACCAAUCACAUAGGCUCCUCUCCUUGCCUUUAAAUCCGCCACAGGCGAGGCGUAUUACUAUUUUCAUGGAGUAGUCAAAGAGAUCAAGAGAUGUCUUAAGACAGUAAUGCCACAAGAUGGCGACAGAGGGCAGCUCCUCAACAAGUGUCCCCCACACUCUCUCAUAUGAGCACAGAUGGAUUUAGUGUGCGUAAUGUUGGACCCACUGGUAAGACAAACACCCGUUUCCACAAAUAAAGACACUCACAUAAAGUUGCUCAUAUUCAAACCUCACGUGACAAAGGUGGGUUGAGCGCACAGAUCACAACAUAAACUCCAAAAAUGGCAUUAAAAUCGGAACCAUCUGUGCGUAAAUGACCCAUCGCGCUCCGUGGCCUGGCUCUUUCUUUCAUAGAUGUUGGCAUAUAAAAUAAAUUUGGCCCACAAAACUGAAUAUUAUAAUAUCCGUAUGUCGGCUUUAAGUAGAUAACGCAUCUGAGCACUGAAACAAAUCAUCUGUUCAGCUGCAGCAGCAGCAAGACGGACAGAGGACACGGAGACGUGUCCAGGUCGAGCUGUGCGAGAAAUAAGAGGAAGAGGAAGAAAGAAAAGGAGGGAGACGAAUUACAUAUCUUGUUAACUUCAUCAUGUGUGUAUAUUUACUAGAUAUUUAAUUUAAUUUGAUGCGGUUUCAGCUGUGUUGAUUCGGUCAGGUUGUGUGUCCAAACGCGUGCCAAACGCGCUCAUCAGAUCAGAUAUAGAUCAGAAUAUAUCUAUAUAGAUCUAAAUGUAUGUGCUGACUCAGAUUAAUAGUUGAUGAUGAUUAUUUAUUGCACUGACAUGUGCCUGACACUGUGGAAACCUGCCGGUGAGGCAUCAGUGACGUAUGUCGAUACGCCGCCGGUCUACCAAAAUACUACAAGACCAGCUGCGUUCCGCCUUGCGCUGAAAGCUGACCAGGUUUGAAUCGGCGAGCUUUCAGCGCACUUUACACGCCGUUGGCGAGCACGAAAAUGUCACUGCGCCAGCUGAUUCUGUCGAAACCUCCCCCUGCCACGCCACCACGCCCAGCUUGGCGGAUCUCGGCUCGCCUCCGUGCGGCUCAUGCCACGAAAAUACCAAACUGGCCUUACGCUGGGCUCCGCCAGACGAAAAUACAACUGCGCGGGGCUCGCCGCCCUCCGCCGCCUCACCGGCGCGCACGAAAAUAGAGCCCUAUGACUUUUUUAACAUACUUUACUAUGACAUUUUUAUAUCAUACUGUACUAUGACAUUUUUUAUAUCACACUAUACUGACAUUUUUAACAUACUAUACUAUGACAUUUUUAUAUCAUACUAUACUAUGACAUUUUUAUAUCAUACUAUACUAUGACAUUUUUAUAUCAUACUAUACUAUGACAUUUUUAUAUCAUACUAUACUAUGACAUUUUUAUAUCAUACCAUACUAUGACAUUUUUAACAUUCUAUACUAUGACAUUUUUAACAUACUAUACUAUGACAUUUUAUAUCAUACUAUACUAUGACAUUUUUUAUAUCAUACUAUACUAUGACAUUUUUUAUACACUAUAAAAUGAUAUUUUUAACAUACUAUACUAUGACAUUUUUUAAAUCAUACUAUACUAUGACAUUUUUUAUAUCAUACUAUACAUGACAUUUUUUAUACACUAUAAAAUGAUAUUUUUAACAUACUAUACUAUGACAUUUUUUAUAUCAUACUAUACUAUGACAUUUUUAACAUACUAUACUAUGAUAUUCUUAUAUCAUACUAUACUAUGACAUUUUUUAUAUCAUACUAUACUGACAUUUUUAACAUACUAUACUAUGACAUUUUUAUAUCAUACUAUACUAUGACAUUUUUAACAUACUAUACUAUGACAUUUUUUAUAUCAUACUAUACUGACAUUUUUUAUAUCAUACCAUACUAUGACAUUUUUAACAUACUAUACUAUGACAUUUUUAUAUCAUACUAUACUAUGACAUUUUUUAUAUACUAUACUAUGAUAUUUUUAACAUACUAUACUAUGACAUUUUUUAUAUCAUACUAUACUAUGACAUUUUUGACAUACUAUACUAUGAUAUUCUUAUAUCAUACUAUACUAUGACAUUUUUUAUAUCACACUAUACUGACAUUUUUAACAUAGUAUACUAUGACAUUUUUAUAUCAUACUAUACUAUGACAUUUUUAACAUUCUAUACUAUGACAUUUUUAACAUACUAUACUAUGACAUUUUAUAUCAUACCAUACUAUGACAUUUUUUAUAUCAUACUAUACUAUGACAUUUUUUAUACACUGUAAAAUUAUAUUUUUAACAUACUCUACUAUGACAUUUGUUAAAUCAUACUAUACUAUGACAUUUUUAACAUACUAUACUAUGAUAUUCUUAUAUCAUACUAUACUAUGACAUUUUUUAUAUCAUACUAUACUGACAUUUUUAACAUACUAUACUAUGACAUUUUUAUAUCAUACUAUACUAUGACAUUUUUAACAUACUAUACUAUGACAUUUUUUAUAUCAUACUAUACUAUGACAUUUUUUAUAUCAUACUAUACUAUGACAUUUUUAACAUACUAUACUAUGACAUUUUUAUAUCAUACUAUACUAUGACAUUUUUUUAUAUACUAUACUGUGAUAUUUUUAACAUACUAUACUAUGACAUUUUUAACAUACUAUACUAUGAUAUUCUAUAUCAUACUAUACUAUGACAUUUUUUAUAUCAUACUUAACUGACAUUUUUAACAUACUAUACUAUGACAUUUUUAACAUUCUAUACUGACAUUUUUAACAUACUAUAUUACAACAUUUUUAUAUCAUACUAUACUAUGACAUUUUUAACAUACUAUACUAUAUUUUUAUAUCAUACUAUAUGACAUUUUUUAUAUCAUACUAUACUUUGACAUUUUUUACAUACUAUACUAUGACAUUUUUAACAUACUAUACUAUGACAUUUUUAACAUACUAUACUAUGACAUUUUUGACAUACUAUUCUAUGGCUGUUUUAACACUGUUCCAUGGCUGCUCCUCCGGCUCCUGCUCCUCUCCCUGCUCCCCUCUUUUCUCCUCUUCCUGCUCUCACCUCUCUCCUCCUGCCUCCUUCCGCUCCUCUCCUUAAACCGCUGUCGUCAGUUUUUUUCAGCGUCUGAGACGUAAUCAGAGUGUCACAGCAGGGGGCGCUGUAACUUUCAGUUUACCUUUGUGUUGAUCCAUAACUAUAGAUGACUGACCCAGGUCUGAUACAGACAGAUGUUCAGCUUCUGCACUGUGUGUCUGUGUGAGUGUAGUGUUGUGUAUUUUUGUGUGUGUUAACAGCGAUCGUUGUGUGUCUCUGCUGUGUAUUGUGUGUUGUGUGUUUUUGUGUGUUAACAGCGGUCGUUGUGUGUUUCUGCUGUUCCACUCUCAGCUUCUCUCCCUGCAGGUGAGCAGAGGGUGGCGUUCUCAGCAGGUCUGACGGAUUCAGGACCAGUAGGACCGUUUGAUGUGGAGACCACUCUGAUCUUCUCCAAAAUCAUCACCAACAUCGGAAACGCCUACAACGCCACAGCAGGUAAAACACCCGUCAGGUAAACACACCCACACCCUCACCUGCUCCGUGAAAAACCGUCACCUGUUUCAUCUCUCCGGUGUGUUAAGUUUUGCCCUGUGUUUCGUCUCUCAGGUGUGUUCCAGGCUCCUGUCAGAGGACUGUACUUUUUUAGCUUCACGGCGGCGGACUAUCAGAAGGGUUACAUGGGUCUCCACCUGUACAGAAACAGUCAGCCAAUCACCUUUAACCUGGACCUGAACGACCACGGCGGCUACGCCUCUACAUCGAACAGCGUGGCUCUGCAGCUGGAGGCGGGUGACGGCGUCCGCCUCAGUCUGCCUGCCAGCUACCGUCUCUAUGACGACCCCAGGAACUUCAGCGUGUUCUCCGGCUUCCUGCUGUUUCCUCUCUGA